AUGUCUGUGGUCCUAGAUUCUGUACCAAAUGACAACUAUGAGCCAUCUGAAGCGGAAAUUACUGAAUAUGGGAAGUGGCUCGGCAUGAAUUUUCCCGAAGACAAGCCUUUUCUUUGGAUUGCACGAGAGGGUUUGAAGGCUCCUUUACCAGAGCACUGGAAGGCCUGCAGAAGUGAGAAAGGGGACUUAUACUACUUUAAUUUCAAGACGGGUGAGAGCAACUGGGACCAUCCACUAGACGAGCAAUUCAGGGAGCUACUUAAGAACGAGAAAAUGAGUCCUAGUCCGCAGAGUGUCGCCAAUGGAGCGAAAAGGACGCCCUUUGAGGUCAAUGCAGAAGAAGAAACCGUGGCCGAACAGAACAAAACUACAGAUUCAUGCGGAUCUUCUGCUGGGGGGAAAUCAAAGAUUCGGGCAUUGAAAUCACUCAAGCUGAAGAAGAAACUUCCAAGUGAUCUGUGUUUGAACAUAAAGACAGGUGGCAACCCUGGUUCGGAUACUAAUGAGCGUUGCUUAGAACCCAUCAUCUUGGGGAGAACAAAGGGAGGUAAAAAUUGCUCUAUCCUAAAAAAAGCUACAGAAACUGUAUCCGCCGAAAGAGCUGGGGAAUGUUUAAAUUCUGACAAAACGGUUUUUGAAGCGGAUAUUAAUGAUCAACUUAAGCAUUUUCAAGAGGAAAAACUAAAAAACACCAUGCUGCAAAAGAAGAAUAUGAGAUGA